AUGGAAGAACAACAACAAAAUCUCAAACGAGAGAUUGCAUCAAAAUCCAAACUCUUGAAAGAACGAGAGGAAGAAAUCGCACUCCUGACGGAAAACGAAACGCAGAUGGAACGCGAAAUGAAACGUUUACGAACGGAAAGGAAACGGGAAGUGGAAGAAAACGAAACGUGGAAAAGAGAGGAACGGAAGAUGAAAGCGGAGUUAGCGCAGACGCACGUGACGCAGCGCGAACUUCUCGACCGGUUGGAACAGAAAAACUCGGAAAUUCGAGAGAAGAGUGAACUCGUGGAAACGUAUUUGCGAAAGAUCGAGGCGUACGCGAGAGAGAAGUCAGAGACGGAACAAUCGGAGCGAGAUUUAGGGCAAAAAGUGAAAACGGCGGAAAGUGCGAGACUUCGAGCGGAGAAAGAGAAGAGCUUGACCGAAGAGCACAACAGUUGGUUACAAUCGGAGCUGGAGAAGAAGAGCGAGGAAUUGUUUCGGGCGCGACGAGAGGACGCGGAAAACGUCGCCGGAUCGAGGAAGAAGAUUGAAGAUUUAGUUUCCGAGAAGGUGAGAUUGGUGAAGACGCUGGCGACGAAAUCCGAGGCGUUAGAAACAGUCUCGGCGAAAUUUGAGAAGAUGUCGAACGACGUCGUGAGCUUGAAGACGGCCUCGGCGAGGGAGAGAGAUUCGUACGAAGCCGAGUCGAGAGCGGCGAAAAGGGUAGCAGAGUUAUUGGAAUCGAAAGAGACCGAAAGGUUGGAGAAGAUUGAAAAGUUGGAGAAAGUUUUAAAAGAAACGACCGAGGCGGGAGAGGAGGCGUCGAGAGCGCGGAUGAGCGAGAAAGCGGUUUCGCAAAAGAAGAUUGAGCAAUUAAAGGUGGAUCUGGACGAGUGCAUGGAGAGAGAAAAACAGUUGAAGAAGGAAGUCGCGGAGUACAGAAAGACGAACGAGUGGAGAUUCACUGACGACGAAAUGUUGAGCGGGUUAUCCAAAACGGCCAUCGAGCAAAAGUUAACCAAAGAUGGGUUGACGCUCGUCAAAACGUACGAGUUGUUUCGCGAACAAGAAAACGCGACGCAAGUGGAACGAGCGAAACGCCUCGACGCAGAGUCGAAAUUGAACGACAUCGUCGCUGAGUUGACUGCCAAAGCGCCCGAGUUAAGAGAGAUGGAAAAUAUGCACGAUUUGGCGUUGGAAGAAAACGAACGAUUGGAGAUUAAACUGGCCGAAUCCUUGAUGGCGACGGAAAGUUUACGUCGCGAGGUGAACGAGAUGCGAGAAGAACACCGCUCGAGAGAACGCGAGAGUCACGCGUUGCGUUCCCAAGCGGCAGAUCUAUCUCGACAACUCGCGUUGACGCUCAACGAAGUGCACGAGUUGAAAGGCUCGCCUGCUAUUGCCGUGCCAGAACCAAGUCCAGCGAGUUCUCAACAAUCUGUUUCGGAUAUAAUCACCUCGAGACUGGUUGAUUUCCGAGACAUCGCCGAGUUACAACAAAAAAAUCAAGAGAUGUUAUUUGUCAUUCGCGAGUUGAGCGAAAAGAACGAACACGAGCAAGUCGAUGCGAAAAAGGAGUACGAAGUGAAAUUAGCGGAGUUGCGCGAGGAGACGGAAAAACAGUUGUUGGAAUUGAAGACCAGACGGGACGAACAAGAGAGCGUGGUGAAAUCCAUCGCCAGGCAGAGAGAUUUGUACAAGAGUUUGUACGCGAGAGCGACUGGAGAAAACGUCAACGAUGCGAUGGAUGUUGGAAUAAGUCCGUCAGGAGGAGGCCAAAUGGUCCUCGCGUCUGCAGGUGCUUCUCCGAAUGUGAAGAGUGGAGCUCUCGUCCUACACGGAGGCUGCAAUCAAGAGGAGAAUAACAUGCAAAUCGUCGCUCUCUCGAACGAAAACCAAAAUCUACAAAAUCAAUUGGAUGUUGUCGCCGAUGAAGUUGAACGAAUCAAGCGCAACGCGCGAAAAGAAAUCGACACUAUGCUGGCGAAACUCGAAGAGUUUCGCGAACGCGCCGCGAACGAUCGCGCGACGGCAAUCGAAGCCAAGGAGACGGUGGAACGCGAAAAGCACAACGCCGAUCGCUGGAUGCGCGAAUGCGAAGAAUCUCGAAAAGCUUUGGAUGAUAUUUCGCGAGAGAAACAAGCGGUGGAGAAAACAAUAAUCGACAAAGAACAGGCGUUGAGAAACGCGGAAAUCGCGCUUGAAGCGGCGGAAGCGGUAAAAGAAAGCGGCGCCAUGCGCGUGGCGAAGCUCGAAGCCGAAAAAGUAUCCAUCGAAACCAGUGAAGCGAGACUUUCCGAACAACUUGCCAUUGUCGAGUCGCGCGCGGCGAGAAUAGAGGCGUCCAUGGAUGCGUCCGUAUCGGUUUCUUCGGCGAAAUUGUCUGCUUUAGAACGCGAACGCGAUCGUUUAGCUGAAGACGCGAAACGUAUUCGGGAGGCGCACGGGCGAAUGGAAGUAGAAUUGCACGAAGAGCGAGAGCGUUGUCGAGAACAAUUGAACGUGCACUUGAUGAAAGCGUCCGAUGCGGCUCGAGAAGCGGCGGAGGAUGCGCAAAAGCGUAACGAGGCAGUCGCGAAGGUUUCCGAGGCGGAGACAAGAGCGAAGGUUGCAGAAUCCAAAGCGGAGAUGCUUGAGAAAACGUUGAAGAAAACGGAGGACCGGUUACGGCUGCUGAACGCGCAGGCGAUCAAUCGUGGCGGAGUAGGAGCGAUAGCUACAGCUGGCGGUUCCAGCCUGACAACGACGCAGAAAAUGUUAUCUCAGUCCGUGGAUGGGAUGACACCGACGGACGACGAAGCGGUGAAGAAACGCGAAAAAAUGCUCAAGGAUGCCGCCGAAAAAGCAACCGAGCUCGCGGAAAGAGCGAAAAGAGAAAAGAUUGAAGCCGUCAGAGAAGCUGCCAGUCACAAGCAAAUGUUCGACAAAGCCGAAGCGAGAAUGAACGAGUUCAAACAAAUGUACGAGGCGCUGGAGGCGACUCACAAGGAAGUCUCCAAAGCGUUGGCUGAGAUGACGAAGAAGGUUUCGGAGACACAGAAACAGGAGGGUACAGACGACGCGUCCAAAUCCGCCGUCGCGGAAAUGCAAAAACAAAUCGAUAGCAUGAACAGUGUCGCUGCGAUGAAAGAGAACGAGUUGAAGCAAGCAAAGCAAAGUUUGUCGAAACUGAACGAAGACAGUGCCAAGGCGACUGCGGAAAAGACGAAAAUUUUGGGGGAAUUGAAAGAAGCACAGAAAAAAUUUUCAGACGCGCAAGUCGAAUGCGAUAAAUUGAAGAAAGAACUCGCCACUUCGGCUUCGACGGCUCCCGCUAUUUCAACCGCUCAGCUCGAAUCCGUCAAAGCUGAACUCAAGAAGAAAACUGAAGAUUUCGAGGCGACGAGGAAAGUUAUCGAAAACGAGAAAGGUGUGCUCGAAGUCGCAAAACGUGUGGCGGAAGCGAAAGCGGCGGAAUUUGAGAAGCAAAACGCCAGUUUGUUAGAUCAGGUGAACAAAGCCCCGGGUGAUGACAUGGACACCGAUAAUGGGAACGAAGCUAUGGCCUAUUUGCGUCGCGAGAAAGAAUCCGCAGAAGCCAAAUGCGAGACGCUCGCGUCGGAAAAAGAUAAAUGGACGCGAGAGUGCGAGAAGGCGUGGAAAGAUCUCAAAGAAGCGAACGAUGCGCUUUCAAAAGUGAAAUCAACCGCAUCUUCCGAAUCCGAACACAAGGUAUUACUCGCCAAGCUCGAGAAGAUGAGUCAAGUCGAUGCCGAAAACGCUAGUCUCAAAGUUUCCGUGGAGCAAGUGAAGAAGGAGGCCAACGCCAAGGUGGAAAAGUUGACGAAAGAGUUGAAAGAAGCGCGAGAGAAAGCAAACUCCUCCUCUGCUUCUCAGCAAUCGAAAAUGGCCGAGUUAACGGCCGCCAAAGUAGAGGCGAAACGGUGGGAAGAACGCGCGUCAAAGUUGACGGACUCCUCGAAUCUCGUCGAAAAGAGCGAAUUUGAGAAGCUCAAGAAGGAAAGCGACGAACAAGGCGAUCGCUUGAUCAAAUUGAAGAAGCAACUUGAUUUGGCGUUGAAAAAUUUGAAAGCUAUGAAUCCGGACAAAUUGCAAUUAGAAGAGUGGAAGAAGAAACGUGGCGAAGAAUUGGAUCGCGUGAAAAAGUUGGAAAAAGAAAAGGUUGAAGCAGAGCAGGCGGCGGAAGAGGCAGAGGACAAAUUGGUCGAGCUCGAGUCUGCAAAGGAGAGUUUGGAAAAAUCAAAAGUGGAGUUGGCGGCAAAAGUGAAAGCGUUAGAAGAAGAAGCGACGAAGAAACCAGCGAUUGCGGCUGCGGCCACACCCCCCACAACUGUUUUUACCCCGGUCGCCGCUCCGACAAGUACUCCCUCUGCUGCUACUGCCAUGGACGAAGACAAGAAAGAAGUAGCGGAUCAAUCCAAGAAGCGCAAAGUUUCUGAUAUGGCAACGACGACGACGACGACGACACCAGCACCGUCCAAGCCUGCAGCCACUGCGCCAGCGGUUAUUGAAAAGAAAAGCCCGACCAAAGCUACUGCCGCUAGUGCGAAAUCGAUUGUCGAAGAGAAGAAAUCGGCGGCUCCGGUGGCAACUCCGGUUAAGGCAGCUGCGGUGAGUGCUCCUGCCGUGAAAACAUCAGCAACUACUGCUCAACCGAUUAAAUCUGCGUUAAAGCAGCCCACUAUAAGUGAUCAAACGGUGAAGACGACCGCUGAGAAACCGAAGGAGACGAUGGAAAAACCAAAGACGGUGACCAUCGCGCCUUCUCCAAUCAAAGAGCAAACGGCGAAGAAAGAGGAAGAGAAGAAACCUGCUGCUGCUCUUGCUGCUGCUUCUGCUGCGCCUACCACCACCAUAGCGUCUCCAUUUGGAAGCGCGUCGACGGCUUCGAAACUGUCACCGUUCGGUUCUUCUGCAGCGCCUUUUGCGGCGAAACCAGCUUUUGGUUCUGUCUUGAGUUCGUUUGCGACUAAACCGUCGGGAACGUCACCGACUGCGGCUUCAACGCCAACCACGGGCGGUAUAUUUGGUGCAAAAGCAUCCACUGGAUUCGGCGCAGGAGCAACUUCAACGCCCGCGUUUGGAAGUGGCAGUAAAUCCGCCGCGGCGCCGUUUGGAAAGCCGUCCGCACCGUUUGGCACGCCAUCGACUCCCUUUGGCUCCGCUGCCGCCGCCGCCGCUGCUGCUCCUACUGGCACACCGGCAACCGCAAAGACGCCGCUCGCGUCGACUCCUGCGGCAAAAAAUACCACUACUACUACUACUACUACUACUCCUACUACUAAGCCAAAUGCUGCUGCAAAUACCGCCACACCGCAAAACGUAACGGACGCGCAAAAACGUAAGAAAGAGUUGGAAGCUAUCAUGGCGAAGACGAAAGCAGAGUUGCUCGAAAAGCAGAAAGCGGCUAACGAGGCCAAGCAACGCGUGGCGAUGGCGAAACGCAAGACGAUGGAAGAACCAUCCGCAGUGUCGACACCUUCUUCUGCCACUGGUGUCGCUGCUACUCCGGAGACAGCAUCGAAGAAGUUGAAACCAGACGCACCUCCGUUUACUCCCACGUCUACUGUGCCUAAACCGACCGAGAAAAAUACUGGCGAUGUAAAGUUGGAGAAGAAAGGAUCGGGCGAAGUCGCGGCUUCCUUCUUAGUCGACGUUCCACCGAAGAAGAAUACAGAAGAGAAAGAAGAAGGCGAAGCGGAGGAAGGAGAGCUCGAAUUACCAGCUCCAGCCUCGGAGAAGAAGAAGCAGCAACAGCAGCAUCAACAGCGCACUCCGGGCUCGCAAAAGAAAGGCGGUCGCGGGGGACAAGGCGGACAAGGCCGAGGCGGCGGAAGAGGCGGGGGCAAUAAUAAGUUUAACAAUAGCGGGAAGAAAGGAGGACGAGGAAAUAAAUAA